AUGGCGCCCACCGCGCUCGACAACGCCAACCCUACGAUCCUCAGCGCUUCGCAGCUGCCUACGCGCCAGAAGAAGGCGGCUCCGCGCAAGGGCCCCGACACCAAGUUUGACGAUGCGCUCUCUCGCCCAGCGUACUUGUCUCGUCCGUUCUGCGACGUCGAUGUGCCGUGGGCCCGCGGCGAUGUCGGAGACGACGGGUUUGCCGACGAGGCCAUAGACGAGCAAGAAAUCUACGAUUUGAUAUCCGACAUAUCGGACCCCGAACACCCCGUUUCACUCGGACUGCUGUCCGUCGUCAACCUCCCGGAUAUCCACAUCACCCCUUCACCGGCCCUGGGCGUGCCCGACGCCAACACCAUCGUAAAUGUGUCAGUGGAGCUGACGCCCACCGUCACACACUGCUCUCUCGCCACCGUUCUUGGCCUUGGCGUUCGAGUCAGGCUCGAGCAAGUGCUGCCGCCCAACUACCGCGUGGACGUCCGCUGCAAGGAAAACAGUCACACCCAGGAUGAUCAGGUCAACAAGCAGCUCGCUGACAAGGAGCGCGUCGCUGCGGCACUCGAAAACGACACUCUUAAGGGAGUUCUGGACAAGAUGCUCGAGACAUGCGCUUAG